AUGACUACUUCCCCAAAUCAUACGAAACUCAAGUUUAUCGAUUUAACCAAAGAGAUUGAAGAUUGUAGCAAGGAUCAAAAUCUAUCCGUGUACCACUAUCAAGCUGCAAACAGUGGUGGUCAAUCAAUGCAUUCUGGUUCUCAGAGAAAGAAAAUUAAUAAGAGAUUUAGAAAUAAUCCUGGCUUUGCAUCCAAUUUCUUCUUCUUUCCUUCAAGUGUUGCAGUGAAUGGGAAUACCUCAGCUAAUAUGGCCAUCAACAAGGAUGGAUCUUGUGCUUCAUCAUCAUCAUCAUCAUCAUGUUGUGAUAACACUUCAACUGUUUCAACACCAACCCCAAGAAGGUGGAGUUUGCAAACUAAACAAAACGAAAAGAUGGCAGCUGCCAAUCCAUGUGAAGGAGCUCCAGUAGUUGCAUCACAACAAGAUGAGAAGGGAAAUGAAAUGAUAAUGAAUGAGGAUACAUGCCACCCUUCAUCCAUCCCUCCACAAAAGAAGAGUCCUCAAUCUGCAACAUCAAGAGGAAAGAGGCCACCUAAAGGUCGAUUACAACGUAGAUUUUCAUGUAGUGAUUAUUUACCAACUAAAGGAAGCAUGAUGACAGAGCAAGAUCUUGCCAGUAUCGAAAGUAUUUAUUCACCAAUGAGUUCCUAUUGUAUUACUCCAAACAGUCAAUUUGUAAACUUUACAUUCAGCUCUCCAGAUGCUCCAUCCCAACCUUCUCCUCCAACUACUACAAAUACAACAACAACAUGUACAACAGUAAUUAAUGGCAGGUAUGAGGGUACCUCCUCUGAUGCUAUUGGAAACAAUGAUUUGGAGAAGGUGAUAGAGUUUGAAGAAGAAUGGGACUUUCUCGAUCCAAACUCAAAGAAGAGAAGACCAAGCUUUGAUAUAAAUCAAGAUGAGAUGGAUAAACUAUUCCACGCCUUCUCAUUUGAACCUAUUCAAGAGAAUGAUCAUACUCCUCAAUCUUCGUCAGGUGGUGCUGAAUUCGAUGGAAGUGAAAUUCCAGCAACAGUUGAUGAGAUUAAUCGUAAUUGUAUUGUAAAGAAUUCUGAAGAUCAACUCAUGACAGAUCAAGCACUAGUGCAAGAUGGCUAUGUCAAUUUAUUGCAAGACAUGUCAACUGGUAAUGAUCAAAUAACAAGUGAAACUGAGCUCCUUUUCAAUUCUCUGCCAGAAGAAAUGAAACAACAAUUAGUUUCCUUCUUUUUACUUCAAAGUAACAAUGGUGAACAACCUUCUGCUGUUGUUUCCAAUACAACUGAAGUUUCUUCUGAUGAGCCAACUCAAGAUUCUACUGCAGAAACCAAAGAGAAUGAAAAGAGAUCCACCAGUACCACUCAAGAAAUUGACAAUAUGCUGGAAAAUGUUUCAGAUCAACCACUAUUUGAACCAAUCACUGAAAUUGGAUUAUCAGAAUUGAAAGAAUUUGGUUUAUUUGAAGAUUUGGAAGAAGCUACUCUAAGAGCAUCCAACUCUAACGACGAUUUUGAGAAUUUCUUAAAUAACUUGUAA